GGGCGGGGACCCCGGCAGAGAGGGCGCCGGGCUUCUACAGCCCUCGCAGCCCCGUGGGCAGUGCAGCCCCAGGGCCAGACUGGUCUCAGGGAUCGCCACCUGCUGCCACGUGGCCCUGUGGAACCUUGGCAGCCAUGGCCCCUUGAGCUGCUGCCUGUGCAGCUUGGAGAUGCUGCCGAGCCAGACCUUGCUGGCAGCCAGGUGCCCUGGGGGGGCCGAGGAGAGAGCAGCUGCCUCUCCAGGCUGGGGGGCUGCACUCAGGGCUCCCUCGCAUCCCUGCCUUGUGUCCCUGAGCUGCAGAUAAGGACAGAACUUUCUGCAGGAUCUUUUGCCUUUUCAAGUCCUGGUUGAUGUGGUUAAACGCAGGGGCUGAUUAGUGCAGGCAGCCUAGUCACAUGGAAAACUGCCAGCAGGGCUGCAGGGGUGUGCAGAACCUGUGCCCCCCUCAGAGGAGCAGCCCCCGCAAACCCCACAGCACCCCAUGUCUGGCAGCACUGCUCUGGGGACAUACUGCACAGUCCUGUGCCCAUAGUAUCAUUUUCAGGGGUGCCAGGAGGUGAGAUGGUAGGCUUCCCACCUUGACUACCUCUGUGACAGCCCUGUUCAGCACUGGGAAACCUGCGUGGCACUGAGGGCAUCUGGGGCACCUCCACAGUGCAUCAAGGGCUGAUUCAAAGCACGGAGUGAGCAAAGGGCACUGGCAGUGCACCACUGGAUUUUAGACUUGCAGAACCACAUGAGAGCAGAUGGAAAGGCUGUAGGAGAUGACUCAGAUCUACCCUGCCCCAGGCAGGCAGCAUGGACAUGUGGCCCUGCUUGUAGCAUGGACCACUGUCAGGCUGGCACUUUCAGCUUGUAGCAUGAGGAAUUUGGGAAACUGUGGAUUUCCUUGAAGGACAUGAAAAGUAACUCUGAAAAGCAAGCUCAGAGUCAAUGGGCUUACAUGCAGUAAUUAGAGUUUGUGUGCCCAUAUACAUAAAGUUUAGGGGUUUGCAUACUGAAAAAGGCUGACAAAUCCUGCUACAGACUCAAACAAAGCAGAGAAUCCUUGCUGAAACCUUAUUUUUUAAAGGCUGCACAUACGCCUAAGAUUUUUCUGAGUUUUUAAUAACUGGAUUAUCUAACGAAAUCAGUUCUUAUGUCCCUGAAAUCUAACAAGAUCAAAAUAUGUGGCUCUCCUCUGGUGUCUUGCACUGAGACACUGCAAUCAAAAAAUCAUGGAAAAGCAAAAUCUUUAGCUUGAAUUUGACCUUUUUUCUUUUUUUUUUUUUUAACACAGCAAAGGCACAGGGGCUUUUGCAAGCAGCAGCUCACAAUCUGGGGAUGUGAUGCCUUUUACCCCAGGAUCCUGAUAGACAUCAUACCUGACAGCAGGGCUGCACACUGCCACUGCAAGUCUGAUCCCUGGUGUCCAGAAAGCUUACAAUGGUGCAAUGGGAGUCUCAAGAUCUGGCAAGCCAGCAUUUGUAACAACACUCUUUUUUUCCCUGACUCUUUCAUGUGACAGUCAGGCUCCCUUUUUAACUUAAUUCCCCUGUUGUCUUUCAAUCUACCAAUGCUGGCUCCAGCCUGCAAUGUGACAUUUUAUUUUCCCACAAGUAACUAACUUCUUUAAAAGGCCUCUGGGAAAGCACAACCUGUCCCUCACAUGUCCUGCUUCUCCUUCAGCAAAGCAGCAAGUCCUGUUCCAGGCACUGUCUGCUUGUGGUCUCCGAGUCUGUAUUUUGAGACCUUAUUUUAGAAAAGCCAGUGGCAAGAGACCUUUUUGGUCAUACUGGAGCUGCCUGAGGGACAGUUUGAUCCAUAUUCAGCUCAGCUGCUGAAGGUUUCUCCAGGCUCUUUUCCCUUGAGGGUGAGGAAGGCCUUAACCUUGAUCUUGGAGGUAGGUGAAGGAGAGAUGCAGACCUGGGUAUGGGGCUCUAAGAGCAAACGUAGAAGAGCAGAGGUGGGAGAAACAGUCUGUCCCCUCCACUGCCACCUACCCCAGAGCUAGGAGGCCCUGGAAGCCUGGGGCAAUCCUGCCAGUGCUCCCUGGUCCUUUUGUGCUGUCUUUCACCCAAGACCAAACCACCAGCAAAUACUCUUCCUGUGUGCUCCAAAGGCCCAAAGCAACCUGGAGGAGAGUCUGAGCUGCUCUCAGAGUGUUGUGCAAAAUGAAGCGGAGCCUAUAUGAGAACUGUGCCGCUCUCCCUCACUGAGUGGAGCCAGAGUUCAAGUAUGUUGGGAACAUGCACGGGAACGAGGUGCUGGGCCGUGAGCUGCUGCUGCAGCUCUCGGAGUUCCUGUGUGAGGAGUACCGCCGGGGCAACGAGCGGAUCACGCGCCUCAUCCAUGACACGCGCAUCCACAUCAUGCCCUCCAUGAACCCCGACGGGUACGAAGUGGCUGCCAAGCAGGGCCCAGACAGCAAUGGGUACUUGACAGGGAGGAACAAUGCCAAUGGAGUGGACUUGAACCGCAACUUCCCUGACCUCAACACACUCAUGUACUACAGCAGGGAAAUCAGCGGGCCAAAUCACCACAUCCCACUGCCUGACAACUGGAAAAGCCAGGUGGAGCCAGAGACAUUGGCUGUGAUCCAGUGGAUCAGCAGCUACAACUUUGUGCUCUCGGCCAAUCUGCACGGUGGAGCAGUGGUGGCAAAUUACCCCUAUGACAAGUCCCAGGAUCAGCGGUUCAGGAGCCACCGGCGCACGGUCAACACGCCGACCCCUGACGAUAAGUUGUUUCAGAAGCUGGCCAAGACCUACUCAUAUGCCCACAGCUGGAUGCACCGGGGCUGGAACUGUGGGGACUACUUUGCUGAUGGCAUCACAAAUGGGGCAUCCUGGUACUCGCUCAGCAAAGGCAUGCAGGACUUCAAUUACCUCUACACCAACUGCUUUGAAAUCACGCUGGAGCUAAGCUGCAAUAAAUUUCCCCCUGAGGAGGACCUGGAGAGGCAGUGGAUGGCCAAUCGGGAGGCCCUUGUUGCUUUCAUUGAAGAGGUUCACCAGGGCAUCAAAGGGAUGGUGUCAGAUGAGAACAACAAUGGCAUUGCAGGAGCAGUGAUUUCUGUCCAGGGAAUCAGCCAUGACAUCACCUCUGGUGAUAUGGGAGAUUAUUUCCGGCUGCUGCUGCCUGGCACUUACACUGUCACAGCCUCUGCAGAGGGGUACCAGCCCCUGACAGUCACAACAACAGUGGGCCCAGCUGCACCUUCAUUGGUGCAUUUCCAGCUCAAACAAGAAGUGGUGAGGAAGCCUGCGGAGCGUAAAACCUCAGGCACACGGAUGAACAACAAAGCCCUUCAGAAGAAGGUGGUGCCAAGAGCCACCCGCAGGGGGACCCAAAGAUGAGGACAGCUCAUUUGGCUGAGAGCUGGGGAAGCCGUUUACGUGAGGCCUGGCUGAUGACUCCAGCCAGUGAACUUUCCAGCAGUUCAGCAUGAAACUAGCCCAAAUUAUUAAACAAGGAAGUAUUUAA